AUGUUGAAAGAGACAAAAUAUGAGAUAAUCAGCACUGACGUAAUGAUGGGGAAAAUCAAUGUUUCACGAUAGGACUACUCUAAAAAUGUGAAUCUACUCUUCUGUCUAAAAUCUAUUAAGAAAUACUCACUUUUCCAAGAAUUUAGUACUCUUUACAGAGUCAAUGAUCCCAAAGACUAAAAAGAUUAAUUGGAAUGCAAAAAAGAAGAAAAAUUAAAGGACUUUAGUCAACAGUAGUUCUUUUGA